UGCCAGCCUGUUUGUAGCUGCGAGAGUUCAGUGGGGCCGAAGGGAAGAUUCCGGAGAGAUGCUGCUCUCCGUGACGGCGCACUCGCAACUAUCAAAGCAAUAGUUAACACAGGAUGGAUAAUAACGACAGAUAUCUGCACCUAAGUUCCCCCGGGCCCAUGAGUUCGCCCCCCACCCAGCCGCCCAUGAGCUCCAUGUUGGGACAUCCCUCUGUUAUCAGCACUUCGACAGCCCCUUCUCGGCACCACCCCUCCCCCGCAGGCGUCAUCAGUUCCCCCAUGAAUGGGUUAGCCUCCCCUUACUCUGUCAUCACCUCAUCGCUUGGUUCCCCGUCCGUCUGCCUGCCUUCCGCUCUUGAAAUCGACUUUGGGACCCUAAACAGUGCACAGAUCAGUUCGAUGAAUGUCAGCAACAUGGAUGAUGUGAAGCCACCUCUCACCCUGGGGAACAUGAAUAGUUAUCAAUGUGCCAGUCCUGGGUCCCUGACCAAGCACAUCUGUGCCAUCUGUGGGGAUCGCUCCUCAGGGAAGCAUUACGGUGUGUACAGCUGCGAGGGCUGCAAGGGGUUCUUCAAGAGGACCAUUAGGAAAGACCUCACCUAUACGUGCCGGGACUGCAAGGACUGCCUGAUCGACAAGCGCCAGAGGAACCGCUGCCAGUACUGUCGCUACCAGAAGUGUCUGGCUAUGGGGAUGAAAAGGGAAGCAGUACAAGAGGAGAGACAGAGAGGAAAAGACAGGAGUGAAAGUGAGGUGGAAUCCUCCUGUGGCUUCAACGAGGACAUGCCUGUGGAGAAGGUCCUGGCUGCGGAGCUAGCUGUGGAGUCAGAAGCAGAAUGCUGUGUGGAGGGUAGCCCUGGCAACUCGGCUCCAAGCUCACCACGACCCUGUACUGGACCAGCAGUUAAGGAAGAUGGAUGGUUUCCUCAUUUUGCCUCUCUUUGUCUUGGGCAGUCCAAUGACCCUGUUACCAACAUUUGCCAGGCAGCAGACAAGCAGCUCUUCACGCUGGUGGAGUGGGCGAAGCGAAUUCCGCACUUCUCUGAGCUACAGCUGGACGAUCAAGUCAUUCUCCUCCGAGCAGGUUGGAAUGAGCUGCUCAUAGCCUCCUUCUCUCACCGCUCCGUCAGUGUGAAGGAUGGCAUCCUGCUGGCCACUGGCUUGCAUGUGCACCGUAACAGUGCCCACAGUGCCGGGGUGGGCUCCAUCUUUGACAGAGUUCUCACAGAACUGGUGUCCAAGAUGAAAGACAUGCAGAUGGACAAGUCAGAGCUGGGAUGCCUGCGAGCUAUCAUCCUCUUCAACCCAGAUGCGAAGGGGCUGUCCAACCCAGCUGAGGUCGAGGGUCUGAGAGAGAAGGUGUAUGCAUCCUUGGAGUCCUACACCAAGCAGAAAUACCCGGAGCAACCUGGUCGGUUUGCCAAACUGCUGCUCCGUCUGCCUGCCCUGCGCUCCAUCGGACUGAAAUGUCUGGAGCAUCUCUUCUUCUUCAAACUGAUCGGCGAUACCCCCAUCGACACCUUCCUCAUGGAAAUGCUGGAAGCUCCACAUCAGGCUACGUGACACAGGCUCCUAGGCUCUUUGUAAAUAUUAUGCACAUCGCUGUAAUUGAUGUAAAGGUUUAAGUCACCUCAGCUGUAAACUAUUUUUUUGUACGGGGCAUAAUUAAUAAUGCAAAAUUACAUUUAGGAGGGCAAACGAGUUUUGUUGAAAAGAAUUUCAUAGAAUUGUAAAAACUUUUGUUCCUGUAAAUAGUUACGUAACAUCAGGUCAAUGCAAUGUUGAAGCUAAUGUUAUGAAAUGAAAACUGUAUUAAAAUUAAUUUUGUUAAACUCGAGGUAGCACAGUGGCGUGGUGCGUAGUAGUCUUACCUUUCACAUCCAAGUUUGGGGGGUCAAAUCCCACCCCUGCCGUGUGUGUGUGUGUGUGUGUGUGGAGUUUGCAUGUUCCCCCCCUUCCUGCAGUCCAAAGACAUGCUGUUAGGUUUUACUGCCAUCUCUAAUUUGCCAUAGUCUAUGACUGCAUGUCCUGUGUUGGACUGGCAUCCCAUUCCAGGGAGCCCUACCCCCCACCCAACCGGUGCCCUUCUCUGGAUAAGCAAAUGGAAGAUGGAACUGGACAAUAUUUACCGUUAUGGAAUAUGUUUCAUGAUUGUGUCACAAUAAAAUUAUUUAAACUUU